AUUACGAUAGAAUUAUCCAAGAAUAAGAGGGAAGAGGGAGGCAGGCAUGGCUGGGACCUCCUCCUCUGCUUCAUAUAGCUCCUUUGGCGACGUCUCCGUCAAGUCAACGGGGCCAUGCAUCAAGUUCCUGUGCAGCUACGGUGGCAAGAUACUCCCUCGUUACCCCGACGGCAAGCUCCGGUACGUCGGCGGCUACACCCGCGUCGUCGCCGUCGGCAGAUCCAUCUCUUUCUCAGAGCUGCAGGUGAAGCUGAGGGAGCUGUGCGGGUGGGGCGGCACGGUGAGCCUCCGGUGCCAGCUUCCGACCGAGGACCUCGACACCCUGGUCUCUGUCACCUCCGACGACGACCUAGCCGAUCUCGUCGAAGAGUACGACGUCGCGAGCCGAGACCGGCCUUCCCCUCUCAAGAUCCGAGCCUUCCUCCUCCUCCUCCUCCUCCAAAACCAGUCCCACCAUCCCUCAGAACCGAUUGCGUCCGCCAUGUCACGGCCUGGGAUCUUCGCCUACACGGCCAUGGCAGCCCACGAGCAUCAAACUGUGUCGUGCGUCACGUCAGCCGCUUGCUGCCGCUGUCAUUUGGGGAAGAAGGAAGAACACAUCAAGCAGCAGGAUGUAGGUAUUAGAUACAGCUGCAGCGGUGCAUGAAGACAGGAGUGGGAGAACUUAAAUAGAGGCUAUAUUAUACAUUUACUUGUAUUUUUGUGAGAAAAUAUGUUGUAUUAAUAUUUGAUGUUGAUUAUU